AUGUUCUUCAAGCACUUAAGUUCACCCUUGAGACGUUUUAUGUCCUGGUCAAGAAAAUUUGGGAUUCUUUUGAUGGCGGAUGGGUAUCAGAAUGUUAGGAGUGGUGAUUGUGGACCUGUGGCGAUGAAGUUUAUGGAGCUUGCAGCGACAGGUGUGGAGGAGCCAGAUGUUGAGGAUCUUACUGAUCUGCUUGUGGACAUUAUGAGGAAGCAAUAUGCGAUGGACGUGUAUAAGGAGUGGAUUGUGCCCUUGUACAUGGGUGGAGGCCAUUAG